ACCGUUGGAACCAAAAUGGCAAUCGAGUGUCAUACUCAUAGUCAGUUAAUCACCGAUUCGAUCAAGAACGAACGAGCUACUAGAAAAUCCACGGUCUGAGAGAGAGAGAGAGUGAAAAAGCAUUGCAGAGAGAGAGCUAUGGCGGGGAACAAUUCCAGAACGAUCAAGCUGUACUGUCCCUCGCUGUCGAAGAUAGUUCAGGUGGUAGCUUGGGAGGAGCAGAGGCUGGACCUGGGUUCGAUAGCUCGGAGUUUUGGGCUCGAGCCCUCGACGUUGAAGCUCAACGGCCACUUCAUUAGCAGAGGGGUCGACCUCAUUGCCUCUUCUGUCACCUGGAAGAGCCUCCUCUCUUUCUUUUCUUCUAAGGGACUUCCUACCGGAAAAGACAACGACAAAGCGCUCGUCGUUGAUGGCAAGCUCUCCAAAGUUGGAACCAAGCGAGCCCAUAACCCUCAGGAUGAUAUUGGCUGUGUAAAUCAACACGAAGAAGUUGCAACUAGUAGUAGAGGGCCAGCAAUGGUAGGUAACAACUUGCUCAAGCAUAAAAGGAUGAGGGAAGGCUUUAUUAGUUCAGGUCGUGAAGCUGAGAAUUCUAGUGUAGGCUUGAAGAGAAAGCAAGUAGUGGAAGAGUUGGGCAACCUCAAAAAAUUAAAGAUAAAUGAAACCUAUACAGAUAUCCCAGGAAGGGUUAGUGAGCCCAAGAAAAGCACUUCAGGCACCCAACUCAGAUGCAGUUACAGUGGAGAUAUGAAGCGGAUGAGAGAAGAUGAGGCAAUCAUUGCAGCUCCUUCUAAAAGGAUUAGAUGAAGCUUUUUGUUUCUCUACAUUUCUUUACUCCAUAUAUUUUGUUAAUUCCCUGCCACCUCAUGCCAAUACUGUCAACGAGGAGAGCUGAAUGUGAGUCCCAAGUCCCAGAAUUUGUAAAAUACCAUUUCAAAAUAUAAAUGCUUUGUUAUUUCUGCAUAUAAAACAA